AUGGAUGAAGAAACACCACCUCCAGCUACACCUAGCAAAGAUGGAGCUGCUUGUAUUUCCAACACAACCCAAGAUACAAAAGAUACACCCAUUCCUUGUGAAGCAUGCUACUGUACACAACUCCUGAUCCAGGCCCUGGUAAUCUCUAGGCUGGACUACAGCAAUGUUCUCCUUACUGGCCUUCCUGCACAGAGCAUCAAACCACUUUUACUGAUUCAGAACGCAGCAGCUCGGCUCAUCUUCCAAGAGCGCAUAAAGGCUCUGUUGAAGGAUUUCUUAAACACACAGUUUAUGCUUAGACUCUAUAGCCCUAUCCAGAUGAUAAUUGUUUCUUAUGAGGAUAUCUGUGUUUGGUGUGGAGGUUGGAGCAUCAGUCUGUCAGAGAAGAUUGAAGCUCUGAGAGGAUCCUGUGUGACCAUAAACUGCACAUUUGAUAUUGUUAACACAAAUAACAAAGAUCUCACUGACAGUGCUGCAGGAGUGUGGCUUAAAGAUGGGCAUGAAAUGACCAAAAAUAUUGUGUUUAACUCCGGCAACUCCAAUCUACCUUUAAAAGGAAACAUAACUGGAAAAUUAAAAGACAAGAACUGUACUACCAUUUUUUAUGACGUUACUUCAAAUCACAAAGGCAGAUUUUACUUCAGGAUUGAGGCUGAACAGAAGUAUACCUAUACACAAAAAUCUGUUUUAAUAGAUGUGAUCGAGUCUCCCCCCAAACCCACAGUUCAGAUGUUUAAGGAUCAGAUGGAGGUUGAAGUUCAGGAGGAGGUGGUAGAGGGGAGCUCUAUGUGUCUGCGCUGCUCUACUAAGACUCUCUGCUCCUCUUCUCCACCAACUCUCACAUGGAGCUCCACUGACAGACUCCACCUCAAUGAGAGCAGCAGACUACAGCUGGAUCAACAGAAACAAACUGAGAUCAUCUCUGAUCUGAACUUCACUGCUACUCACCUUCAACAUGGAGUCACUUUCAUCUGCACUAUAAACUACCAGCUACAACAGAGGAGCACAACAGCACAGAACAACAUCACAUUACGUGUUCAGUAUGCUCCUGGAAACACAUCAGUGUCUGUGUUCCCAUCUAACUCUGUACUGGAGGGCAGUUCAGUGACUUUGAUCUGCAGCAGUGAUGGAAAUCCAGCAGUGUUCAACUACACCUGGUACAGAGAGAAUGGAGGACAGCUGAAGGAGCUGCAGACUGGAUAUAAUCUCACCUUCAAUGUGACUGAUCGUACACACACAGGACGCUACUACUGUCAAGCCCAAAACCAACAUGGUACCCAAAACACAUCAGUGUUGCUGGACAUUCACUAUGCAACCAGAAUCUCCCUCAGCUGUAACAUAACUGAUGUAACUGUGUGUUUGUGUGAGGCUCAUGGGAAUCCCUCUCCUAAAGUGGAGUGGUUUCUAUCUGGACGUCCUGUCAGUAACUCUACAAACACAUUCAUCAGUGAGGAGCGAUUGAACAGCACAGACUUGAGGAGCUUCAUUUCUCUCCAUCAGUCACUUACACACACAGACACUCUGCAGUGUGUCAAUAUCAACACUCACAGCACCGCCAGUCAACAGAUUCAACUGUUUUACUCAUCUUCAAGUAAGUUAUCUGUUUAUUUGUUGGAAGAGGGUGAAAUAUCCGAGGCACAUGAAUGA